AUAAAGCGCCGGGUUACCCGCAGGAGAAUGUUGACCUGGUCGUGGUUCUCCGCAGUCGCCGUACUGCUGCUGCUCUGGCUCUACCUCUACGGCUUCGGAUACGGCUUCGGAUACGGGCCAGGCCGGCAGCGGGUGUCUGGUCCGCCGCUGGAUGUGGGCAAGGACGACGCCGAGAAGCCCGCAGCAACAACAGCAACAACAGCAACAGCAACAACAACGACAACCAAAACUACUGCGACAGACACCGUCACCACUACCACCACUGCUGCUCCCACCGCCGGUCCCAUGCCCACAACACACAAACCCGGCGGCACUGCCGCAGCCCGCCCCGCCGUCGUUCUUCGGCAGGGCACCUACAUCGGCACCACGCUGCUGGCCUCGCACCGCUUCCCCAGGGCUCUCGACGCCUUUCGCGGCGUGCCAUACGCCCAGGAUACGAGCGGCCCGAACCGGUUCCGUCCGCCCCAGCCGCUGCCAGAGUCCACAGAGGUCUUUGAUGCGGUAAGGUGGGGCAAGAUAUGCCCCAACGACGGAGUGGUGCUGCGCAACAUGAGCGAGAACUGUCUGAACGCCAACAUCUACCGGCCCGCCGGCUUGGUCGACCGGGAUGGGUACGAGAAGACGGCCGACGGCACCAGGAGGCGGCCGCGCCUGCCCGUCGUCGUGUACAUCCACGGCGGCGGCUUCAACAAGGGCAACGGGACCGAGCGCAACAUGGCCAGCUUCGCCGCCUGGUCCAAGGAACCCAUAGUGUCCGUCAGCUUCAACUACCGCGUCGGCGCGCUGGGCUUCCUGCCGUCCGACGUGACCGCCCGGGAAGGGCUGCUGAACCUGGGCCUGCGCGACCAGCAGAUGCUGCUGGACUGGGUUCAGGAAAACAUCGAGGCCUUCGGCGGCGACCCCAAGAACGUGAGCGUUAUGGGCCUCAGCGCGGGGGCGCACUCGAUCGGCCACCACAUUAUGUACUACUCCAGCAGGUCCACCCCGCCCCCCUUCAUCAAGGCCAUCCUCGAGUCCGGUGCGACCACGGCCCGUGCCGUGUUCUACCCGACCCACCCUCGCCACCUCGUCCAGUUCCGCGAGUUCCUCAUCGCCGCCGGCGUCGCCGGCAUUCCCGAGUCGGAGCUGUUCGACCACCUCCGCAAGCUGCCUCUCGAGACCAUCGUGCGCGCCUCCAAGGUCGUCUGGGACAAGUACGUCGACAGCGUGACCUGGCCCUUCCAGCCCGUCAUCGACAGCCCCAACCACCUGGCCCAGUCGAGCCACGCCGAGCUCGACGCCCCCCGCCCGCCGCUGAUCCCCGACCUCCCCAUCAAGUCGUGGCUCGCCGGCAACCACCUCCGCAUCCCCGUCAUAACCGGCUUCAGCACCAACGAGGGGACCAUGUUCAUCCCCCACAACGCCGACACGGCGGCCGACUUCCGCUCCUUCUUCCAGACCCUCAUCCCCACCCUCACCCCGGGCGACCUCGACGAGCUCGAGGCCCUCUACCCGGACCCCGUCAGGGUGCCCACGAGCCCCUACCGCCGCGGCAUUCCGCCCGGCGCGGGCAGGCAGUGGGCGCGCCUCGACGCCGCCUACUCGCACUACGCCUACAUCUGCCCCGUCCUGCAGACGGCCCACUACAUGUCCCUGUCGGGCGUCGGCCCCGUCUACGUCUACCGCUACGCCGCCACCUCGUCCAACGGCACGGCCAACCACGGCGACGAGGCCCCCGCCGUCGCCCACGACGUCAUGGAGCUCCGCGGCCGCGUCGGCAUGCGCGCCAUCGCCCGCGCCAUGCACGGCCGCUGGGCGCGCUUCGUGGCCAGCGACGCGUCCAGUCCGGACAUCAUCAGUGCCCACCAACACCCCCAUAAGAAGGAGAGGAGCGGCAGCGUCAACGACGCGGACGACUACGACGAGGUCGAGUGGCCGCCUUUCGUCUCGCCGUUCGGGCCCGACGGCGACCGCGAGGGCACGGGCAAGAUCAUGGUGUUCGGGGAAGGCAACGACGAGAUGGGCGGGGGGUGGCACCGGGGGGUGCCGGCCAAGGUGGUCGAGAUGACGGAGCUCGAGAAGGAGGCGUGCCGGUUCUGGUGGCCGAGGGUCUGGCUGAGCGAGGGGAUGGGUUGGAAAGAUGGGAAGCGCUCGGCCGAGGUGAGGCUAUGAAGAUUGAAAAGACAUCUUUUUGACAUAUCUGGCGUUUUAGUUUCUUUUUUUUU